AUGAUCCACUUAAUUACCAAUAUUUUGCAGAAAAUGGAGUCCCUUAUUACAGUAAGUACCGAAAAUUUGACCAUUUUCUCUGAGAAUUUCACCAUGGCGUUUGCUGAUGUACUAACAAGGACGAUCGGACCUCGAGCUAUGCAGCAAAUUAUGUCUUUCAAUAAUAAAACUGUAAUGGAUAAAAUACCUCCGGAUAUGAUACAUUUAAUCGAUCCACAUUGGUAUCAGUUUCCAUCGAUGGAUCCAAUGUGGCAUAAAAUUCUAGGCCUUGUGAUGAUUGUGUUAGGAUUUAUGGGAUGGUGCGGUAAUGGUGUUGUAGUAUAUAUAUUCUUGAUGACACCCUCCCUAAGAACACCGAGCAAUCUUCUAGUGGUAAAUUUGGCAUUUUCGGACUUUAUUAUGAUGAUCAUUAUGACGCCUCAUAUGGUGAUCAACUGCUACUAUGAGACCUGGAUGUUAGGACCGCUAAUGUGCGACAUGCAUGCCAUGGUUGGUUCCUUAUGUGGAUGUGCUUCAAUAUGGACUAUGACUGCUAUUGCUUUGGACAGAUACAAUGUUAUAGUAAAAGGUAUGGCGGGAAAGCCACUCACUAUCAAGAAAGCAUUACUCGAAAUUUUAAUAAUCUGGUUCUUCGCUUCAAUAUGGGCAAUUUUGCCCAUGGUGGGAUGGAAUAGAUAUGUACCAGAAGGCAAUAUGACUGCUUGUGGUACAGAUUAUCUUACCAAGGAUUGGAGUUCCAAAUCAUACAUCUUGGUGUACUCGAUAUUUGUAUAUUAUACGCCGCUGCUUACUAUAAUUUACAGUUAUUAUUUUAUCGUUUCGACAGUAGCUGCUCAUGAAAGAGCAAUGAGAGAACAAGCUAAGAAAAUGAAUGUUCAAUCUUUGCGAUCUGGAGAUAAUCAAAAUAUAAGUGCAGAAGCAAAACUGGCAAAGGUGGCAUUAAUGACCAUUUCUUUGUGGUUUAUGGCAUGGACGCCGUAUCUGGUUAUUAAUUAUGUCGGCAUUUUCGGUAUUGCUAAAAUUAGUCCUCUUUUCACCAUCUGGGGAUCUCUCUUUGCAAAGGCAAACGCUAUAUAUAAUCCAAUUGUUUAUGGAAUAAGUCAUCCAAAAUAUAGAGCGGCACUAAAGGAGAAAUUACCUUUCUUUGUAUGUGGCUCGACUGAAGAUCCAUCUGCGGCUGCGAAAACUGCGGAAACGUCAUCUAUUACAACUACAACAUAAUUCCAAGAGAACAAUGUAUUGUAAUUUUUAUAUAUUGUGAUAUAUGUUUAGGAUGUGUUUCUUGAAAAAACGAAUCAAUAAUAUUGAACAUAUUAUAUACAUACAUACGUGUGCGUGUGUGUGUGUGUGUGUGUGUGUGUGUGUGUUUGUAUGAUAAAUGUAAAAUGUAUGAAACUGUAAUUUGUAAAGCUUCAAUAAUCAGCGAUUAUGCAAAAAGCUACAUAUAUGGAAAUUUUGAGUGGAUUAAUUCCAUGAUAUGCUGUAUAUAAUGAAUUCUCAUUUUAUUUCAAUCUUCUCUUUUGUUCUUUACUUUUAUUGUAGAUGAUUAAAUAUUUGCAGAAAUAAAUAAUAGACGGCAUUUAGUGCCAAUUGUAUUAGAUAUAAGGAUAUUAUUCAAUAAAUCAUUUGACAUAUAAUGAUUUAGUAAAAUAUCUAUAAGCUCUUAGAUAUAAUGAAAAAAAUACUAAUGCAUAGUAUUAGAUGUGUAUUAGCGUGUCCUAUUGUAAUUAAAAUAGCUAAUUUCUGGAAAUUAUGUGAUUUUAGAGAAAAAUGUUUCAAAUAGAAGCUGUAUAACUUUAAGAGGAACAUGAGAUAUUAUUGGUUUGACCUUAGAUAGUUGUUUAAAGUGAAGAGCAUCUUCAAUUUUUUUAAAAUAGAAUCUAUUUUUUUCCCUCUAUUUUUUUCUUUACAUAUUCUUUACAUAUUCUUUACGUAUUCCGAGAGCUCUUCAAAACAGUAUAUAAUGAAAUUUAUUUUCGAGUUGUGAGAUUUGAAACAUUUUUACGUAAAAAUGAAAAUAAGAGGCCCAAUAAAUGAGAAUGGAUUGAGUAGAUUAAAAUGAAUUCAUGUUUUCAGAAAGAUGCAUUCACGAAUAUUGAAAUGAACUCUUUUUCAAUUCCAAUGCGUUUUUAUUCAUUUAUAGGAAUUGAAAUCUCGUUUACUAGGUAAGUAUCGCUAGGUAGCACUAUCUUGUAUCCCCCUCGUACAACUUUUGUCUGAAACUUUCUCUAAAGUCUCGUGAUUUCCAGAAACUGAUUGUUUUAAUCAAAAUAGGACACUCCGUAUAUGUACAAACACGUUAAAAAAUAUUUAUGGUUGAAUAGAAUUUGUUUGUGAUUGCAUGCAGUAUCUAUUUAAUUCUAUAAAAUUAAUUACAGAUAUUGUUAUAGCGAUAUUACGACAGAUAUUAUAAUACCGCAUAUCGCUCACGGUAUAAUUUUUAGCGACAUAUAUUUGCUAAUUUCAAAGUGACCAUAUAUUCCAAGAGAUGAUAAAAUUUACAACUGCGCUAUGAGCCAUUUAUGAGAGAUUCGUCUUGUGGUGCGGCCGAACCA